AUGGAGACUAAAAAGAAGUUCUCGUCUCCCACAGCUUUGGCUGUUUCUCCUCCCAAAUUAACCUUCCACAGGAGAAUCGCCAGAGGUGCUUUCGGAGUUGUUUAUCUAGUUUCUGAUGAUACUGGAACUCAGUUCGCCGUUAAAAGAUCAAAAAAAUUGUUAUUCCAUAAACAAUCUAUUAUAUAUUUAGUUAUAUACCAUUUAAGUUGUUCACUAGUUUUACCUUUUUAUUCCCUAGUUACAUAA